GCAAAGGUACGCGGUGUGAGCUUUGCUCUAGAAACAGAUAUCCCUGUCAGAGGAGCCAGCCCUUGCCAGCUUUGCUUCCUCGCUGCCCAUAUCCACUCUCUUUUAAAAGCGUUUCAGUUGCAGGACAUUGAGAAAAGAAAGCAAGCUACCUAAAAACAUUCAACAACAUGAAGCCAGUUAUUGUUGUUCACGGUGGAGCUGGUCGCACCUUUAAAGAACGGGAAGAUGGAAGUCGUUCUGGUGUCAUCAGAGCAGCCUUGAAAGGUUACAGUAUCCUUAAACAAGGAGGAACUGCAUUAGAUGCAGUUGAAGAAGCUGUUGUAUUAAUGGAAGAUGAUCCACAUUUUAAUGCAGGUUGUGGCUCUGUGUUAAAUGAGAAGGGUGAAAUAGAAAUGGAUGCCAUUAUCAUGGAUGGGAAAAAUCUAGCCUCAGGAGCAGUAUCAGCUGUAAAAUGUAUUUCUAACCCAAUAAAGCUUGCUCGUCUUGUCAUGGAAAAGACGGACCAUAUGUUGCUGACUGACCAAGGGGCCUCUGCCUUUGCUAGGGCCAUGGGAAUUCCUGAGGUUCCUGGAGAAAAAUUAAUCACUGAAAGGUCACUGGAGAGGUGGAAGAAAAACCUUGAGGCUGACUGGAACCCUCAAGAAUGUCAAAAAGACCUUGGAACAGUUGGAGCCAUUGCUAUCGACAGUGCAGGAAAUGUAGCUUGUGCAACAUCAACAGGAGGACUUACUAACAAACGGUUUGGCCGGGUUGGUGAUACAGCAUGCAUAGGAAGUGGUGGUUAUGCAGAUAAUAGUACUGGUGCCGUCUCCACCACUGGCCAUGGAGAAAGCAUUAUGAAAGUGAUCCUGGCAAGACUUACUCUUUACCAUAUGGAGCAAGGGAAGUCACCAGGGGAUGCGGCUGAUGCUGCCCUAAAUUAUAUGAAAAACAGAGUUGGAGGCCUGGGUGGCAUCAUUGUGAUUAGCAGUUCAGGGGACUGGGCUGUUAAGUUCUCUACCAACCAGAUGUCCUGGGCUGUUGUCAAGGAUGACCAGCUACAGUCUGGCAUUUAUACUGGGGAGAGGAAGACACAGUCUGUUGAAGAAGCCCUUAGCUCCAUUGGAUCCUAGAAACAAGGAAGCAAACAGAGGUUGUGCCAUAGGAGGAAGAUCAUGGAACUGAAUCUGUAUCCCUCUGAGAAUGAGGCAACCAUUUUUUCCAAGGUCACUGUCCUGUGAGCAGAUGGUACUCUAUCAGAGUUUUGAUUCUAGACUGUAUAUGUUCAAGUUCCUAUCUGUAUUUGAUUGAUAAAAUAACUGUGACUCCAUAUGUAUUUUCAUUCCACUGGAUAAAAGGUUCUCCAGAAACUUAGAUUGAAUGCAAUUUCAUCAGCUUCAUGUAUUUGCAUGGUAUCAAAAGAUAAUGUGCUGAAGAGAUGCUCAUCAUUCAGAACAUUAAAAUGAAUAUAAGUGGGGGGACUAUAUAUACUUUAAUAUCUGUAUGUGAUUAUCUCAUGUUUACAUAUAAAUUAAGAAAUUAUACAUUAAAAUUUGAAAUAUAAUGGGAAAAGCAACUUAAUACUUAUAAGAGAUGAGCAACUGGUAAAUCAAUUAUUGGGCUGUAAUCUUAUACCCACAGCUGGGAGUACGUUUUCUUAAACCCAAAGAGGAUGGCGGGUGUCAAGUUGACAUUGCACUGUUAAUUACUUGCUUGAAUAACUUUAAGGGUUUCUUUAUGAAGUUACAAUAGUAUUUAUGCUAAAUCCUUUUUAAAAUAAUACUAAAAAAAAAUAAGUGAAAUGUAUUUUCUCAGUAUAGUACUUUCAAGAAAGUUAUUUCAUUUUUAGGAAACACAUUUGUAUGUCCUUUUCCUUUUAUUCUUUUAUAAUUCAAUGUUAAGGCAUACUUAAAUAUUACUUUGGUUCUAUAACAGCUUUUCCAGUUGAGAAAUAAGCAGUAAUAUGUGAUGUACAACAUUGUCCUUCUGAAAAUAAUCUCAAUAAAAUGUAUACAGUAAAUUCA